AUGCGGAUCAUUCUAUCCUCCUACGCCUUGCUUACAUUGCAUCGAAGUGGGGUGCGACAUGCAAACGAGCCGCAGAAACGUUAUGUUGUGAAUGGACUUUUCCCCGAACCAGAUUUGCCGCAGAAGCGACACGAAGACUCAGCAAAUAACCAAGGCCAACAACAACAGCAAAGCCGGACCGUCUCCAGCAUUGACCCGUUUGCUGUUCCUACAAGACAAGGAACUGAGGAUGGAGCGGUUGGUGCUGUAGGAGUCGGCGGCUCGCGUACAAGUCUGCUGAGUCUCUUGACACAGAGUUUGACCGAGAGUGCAAGAGCUCAACCUUCCGCCAAUCCACAAGGUGCUCAACAAAACGGAGCGUCUGGUGCGGCAGGAAGUGGAACAGCCAUAAACCCUGCUGGUGCUGCUGCAGUAUCCACAGUCACGGUGCAGCUGCAGACAACACUUCUCGAAACGGUGCAAGUGACUGUCCAAGCCACUGCAGCAGCCGCAUCUUCUGUUCCAGCACCAGCCGGAGAGGCUCCAGAACCACAGCGACAACCAAGUGAAGCAGCCGCGCCGACCACUGUCACAGUGGUGUUUGUGACCGUAGAUUCGACCGUUACUGGAGCUACUGCCGGACUCAGUACCUUGGAAACCGGGGCCAACACAGCCACCGCAAGUGACGUGAUAGCUGCAGCCCCAACCACAACCUCCAUCACAUCUUCGGCGGUAGCGGCAGCGGCCAGCACUCAAGCUCCCCCUCCACCUCGACCAACGGCGGCUGAUGCUCCUAUCGCAAACUCUCAACUGCUAGGGGUCGGUGAGGGAAGGUCAGCAGCGGCCAGCACAACUACAGAAGUCGUUACUGCAACCGCUGCAGCAGUUGUGGAGAGCAGUUCUUCUACUGCGACCGCGAGCGCAAGUGCAAGUGCAGAAGUCGUUACUGCUGCCGCAGGAGCUGAGCCUUCCGACUCGGUCGUCAUUCAGCCCGGGCUCAGCUCCAUCCCAGCCUCGGAGGCUCGACCGGAAACCCUGAGCACUGCUUCAACUCCACCUCAACCAGAGACUACUGCUUCUACAGCGCCGAGCAGCUCUAUUGCGGCGGAUCCUGGGACUACAAGCGCUCCUGUAGCGCCUUCUGACUCUGUCACUCUAGCAGUGGUGCCGGUGACCAUAGAGACGGCGCAACAAAAUCAAAACCCUUUGACAGUAACCGAGACACAGACCGUGACAACCACGGUCACUGCGGUAUGA